UUUGUAAACGAAAAUAACUCAUUUUGACAGGCGAUGGAUCUAUCAGAAUUUAUGGGACUAAUUUUUUAAUAGAUCAUUUUGUUUUAUAUCUUAUAUUUAUUCGAGAUGAAGACUGCUUUUAUGGUGGCUGAAAAGCCAUCUCUGGCUGCAUCUUUAGCUAGUAUAUUAAGCAAUGGUAGAUGUACUACACGGAAAGGUUCCAAUGGCUCAUGUUCGGUUCAUGAAUGGGUUGGCCAAUUCCGAAAUGAGACUGUUAAUUUUAAAAUGACUUCUGUAUGUGGACAUGUCAUGAGUUUAGAUUUCAUAGGAAAAUAUAAUAAUUGGGAUAAAGUUGAUCCUGCUGAGCUUUUCAAUUGCCCAACUGAAAAAAAAGAGGCUGUACCAAAAUUGAAAAUUCCUUAUUUUCUAGGAAAAGAAGGGGGUUACUGCGAUUAUUUAGUUCUAUGGCUUGAUUGUGAUAAAGAAGGUGAAAAUAUUUGUUUUGAAGUAAUUCAAGCAGUUCAGCAAGGUUCUUCAAGGAGGUUGAAUCCAAAUGAUAUUUGGAGAGCUAAAUUUUCUGCUAUUACUGAUAAAGAUAUAAAAUCAGCUUUAGCAAAUCUUGCAAAGCCAAAUGAAAAUGAAGCAAGAAGUGUUGAUGCUCGACAAGAACUAGAUUUGCGAAUAGGCUGUGCCUUUACAAGAUUUCAAACAAAAUUUUUUCAAGGAAAAUAUGGUGAUUUAGAUGCAUCAUUAAUUUCAUAUGGUCCAUGUCAAACUCCUACAUUAGGAUUUUGUGUUCAACGGCAUGAUGAAAUACAAACUUUCAAACCAGAUCCAUAUUGGGUCCUUCAGUUGACAGUUAAAUCACCAGAUGGUCAGGAUGUGGUCUUGAGCUGGAGUAGAGUUCGAUCUUUUGAUAAAGAAGUAGCUAAUAUAUUUCUCAGUCAUGUAAAAGAACACGAAUAUGCUGUUGUAAAAAGUAUUCAGAGUACAGAAAAAUCAAAAGCCAGACCCAUAGCCCUUAACACAGUUGAGCUGAUGCGAGUCGCUAGUUCAGGUCUUGGUAUGGGUCCACAUCACGCCAUGCAAAUAGCCGAGCGUCUUUAUACACAGGGAUACAUCAGUUAUCCACGUACUGAGACGACGUCUUAUCCUGAAAAUUUUGAAUUAACAUCGACUCUAAAGCAACAGCAGAACAGCCCUGAUUGGGGCGAUGAAGUGCGACAAAUUCUCAAUGCGGGAAUUAAUAGGCCAAAGAAAGGUCACGAUGCCGGUGAUCAUCCUCCUAUAACGCCAAUGAAAUCGGCUAGUAGAAAUGAACUCGAUGGCGAUUCUUGGAGACUCUACGAUUAUAUUACGAGACAUUUUAUAGCAACUCUUGCUAGAGAUUGUAAAUAUCUCAGCACAACAGCCAAACUCGAAGUUGGUACGGAAACAUUUUCAAUUACGGGCAAUUCGCUCAUCGAUCCCGGUUAUACGAGUUUACUCACAUGGCAAGCUCUGAGCAGCAACGAGUCAUUCCCAAGAUUUUCGAUAGGUGACAAAGUCAAAAUCGUUGAUGCCAAGCUUUUGGAGCUGUUUACUCAACCGCCAGACUAUCUCACAGAAUCGGAGCUCAUCACGCUUAUGGAAAAACACGGUAUCGGUACAGAUGCUUCGAUUCCAGUGCACAUAAAUAAUAUUUGCAUCAGGAAUUAUGUGGCAGUUGCUUCGGGACGCAAACUCGUACCAACUUCACUAGGCAUCGUUUUAGUUCACGGUUAUCAAAAAAUUGACCCAGAGCUCGUAUUACCUACCAUGCGCUCGGCUGUCGAGGAGCAACUCAAUCUUAUCGCUCUUGGUCGAGCGGACUUUCACGAUGUGCUAUUACAUACCGUGGAGAUAUUCAAGCAAAAGUUUCAUUACUUCGUGCAAAGUAUCGACGCUAUGGAUCAGCUGUUCGAAGUGUCCUUCUCGCCUCUUUCGGCGUCUGGAAAAUCGCACUCGAGGUGUGGAAAAUGCCGCCGUUACAUGAAAUACAUUCAAUCGAAGCCGUCCCGUCUGCACUGUGCUCACUGCAACGAGACUUACAAUUUGCCUCAGAAUGGCAACAUCAGAAUUUACAAAGAACUCAAAUGUCCACUCGACGACUUUGAAUUGCUUUCCUACUCGACAGGCUCUCGAGGCAAAAGUUAUAUCUUCUGUCCUUACUGCUUCAAUAAUCCUCCCUUCAGAGACAUGAAAAAGGGUCUGAGUGGAUGCAACGCUUGUACGCAUCCGACCUGUCCACACGGACUUAAUUCUAAUGGUCUGUCGAGCUGUCUCGAGUGCGAAAGCGGCAUCCUCGUAUUGGACCCCUCGGCUGCGCCCAAAUGGAAGCUGGUCUGCAAUCGUUGCGAUGUUAUAAUCCAUCUGUUUGAAGGUGCCCACAAGGUGAACGUUGAAGCUGAUGAAGUUUGCGACUGCGGAGCUCAACUUGUUGCAGUUGAAUACAAGCAGGACAAAAGCAAACUUCCGAAUGAGGAGACAGAAAUGACAGGCUGCGUAUUUUGCACCCCAGCCUUUACUGCUCUAGUAGAGAAACAUAGAGCCGUAGCUUCUAAACCUGUAGCAACACGAGGUCGUGGUCAUGGCAAAGGUCGCAGUCGCGGUAAACCAAGACCACCUAAAGAUAAGAUGGCCCAACUCGCGGCUUAUUUCGUUUGAAAAACUGGGAUUCACCUUAUUUGCUUCAAGUAUAGUAAAAGAAAUGAAGCACUAAGUGAAGCAAGAAUUAUUUAUCAUUACACAG